AUGGGUGAGAAAUUUCCGUCUGCUGGAGCUGCAGCGAUUGCUGGGGGCGUCUUUCUGGUUUUGUACAUGAUUUAUCGCGCUGCUCUCCCACGGCCAAUCCCAGGCAUUCCGCACAACAAAGAUGCAGCCUCGAAGAUACUGGGCGAUAUCCCGGAGAUGAUGGGACAUGUCAAGCGUACGAAGCGCAUAUUCUGCUGGCUCACCUCGCGGGCAACUCGGCACCAGAGUCCGAUCGUGCAGGUCUUCAUCAAGCCCUUCUCACACCCAUGGGUGAUAGUAACGGACCCCUUCGAGAGCCACGACAUCCUGGUGCGACGCACAAAAGAAUUCGACCGGAGCAGCUUCUUCGGCGAGAUCCUCAGCGGCAUCAUGCCCGAGCAACACUCCUGGUACAAGUCCAACACCGCCCUCUUCAAGCAAAAUCGAAACCUCAUAAACCACCUCAUGGCGCCGACCUUCAUCAACGAGGUCAGCGCGCCCGACGUGUACAACGCGGUGACGACAGUCAUCAAAGUGUGGCAGCUAAAAUGCAGCCAAGCGCGCGGCCGCCCCUUCUCCGCCCACGACGACAUCACCUACGGCGCCCUCGACGCCAUCUUUGCCUCAUCCUUCGGCCUCGCCGAGGAGGACAGCAGCACCGCCCCGCGCUUGGCCGCCCUGUCUCAGCACACACCCGCCCCAGCCACCUCGCUCGACGAGCCGGUCUCCUUCCCCUCCGCCGCUGAGGCUAUCCCGCCCAUUUUCUCCGCCGUCCUGACCAUCGGCCACUCGCUGCAGGCAGGCCAGCUGUCGCCGUCACCGCGCCUCGUCUCGCUGUUCCUCCGGCAGCUGCCGUACAUGCGGCGCGCCACCGCGACCAAAGACGCCUUCAUCGCUGCUCGCAUCGACGAUGCUGUCCGGCUCAUCGACGCCAACCCAGCGGACCAACCCCGCAACGCCCUCCACUCCGUCCUCCUCCGCUCCCGCUCCCUCGCACAAAAACACGGCCUUCCACCCCCCGCGCCCCACUCCCACGCCAUCGCCGACGAGUUCCUCGGCUUCCUGCUGGCCGGCCACGACACGACCGCCACGACUGUGGCAUGGGGCGUGAAGCACCUGUCCGCUCCGGCAAACCACCCCGCCCAGUCCCGUCUCCGCGCCGCCCUCCGAGCCGCCCUGCCCGACGCCGUCCGCGAACAACGCGCGCCGAGCUACGCGGAGCUGGCGAGCGCGCACGUGCCGUACCUCGACGCGGUCGUGGACGAGGUGCUGCGCGUCGCGAACACGGUGGCGUUUGUGGCGCGGGAGGUCGUUGCGAAGGAAGGCGCGGUGGUGUUGGGGCGGCGCGUGCCGUAUGGGGCGCAUGUGUUUUUUAUGGCGGAUGGGGCGGGGUAUCUCGCGCCGGGAUUGAAGGAAGGCGGGGCGGUGGAUGAUAUGAGGAGUCCCGGGGCGAGGGGGAGGAGUGGCGGGGCGAUUAGGGGGGUGUGGGAUGGUGGGGAUGUGGAGGCGUUUAGGCCGGAGAGGUGGUUGAGGCGCGAGGAUGGGGAGGAGGGGGAGGAAAGGUACGAUCCGGCGGCGGGCCCGUCGCUGCCGUUUGGAUUGGGGCCGAGGGCGUGUUUUGGGAGGAGGUUGGCGGUCGCGUCGUUGCGGAUUUGGUUCGCGUUGAUUGUGUGGCAUUUUGAGUUGCUGGAGACGCCCGAGGAGUUGAGCGGGUUUGAGGCUGUGCAAAAGUUUGCGAGGGAGCCGGUAAAGUGCUAUGUUCGUCUGCGGGCUGUAGAUAUGUAG